CUUCCACCCAUUUCCCUGGUUAUGUUUUAGAGGUCCUAACAAUGACACAAACAAAAGACAAGCACUACUGGACCCAGCUGAGGUCGGCCUUGACCAGCGGAGCAUGGGGUUCAUCUGCACCUGCUAAAGCGUACAACGGCACACCCACGUCCUGGCCAGAACUCUUCCGUAAAUUCAAUAAACACAACCAUGGCUUCACCGAGGUCGUCGAGAUCGCGUCUCAGACGCAGGCACUCGCGCUGCAGAUUGCUGGAGGAACGGCAGACACGGACUUGGACGGCGAGGCACGACGGCGGAGUGGGCCACUCGCGCUGGACGAGGAGUGCAUCGUGGACGAGGGCAGGAGGGACGAAGCCAGGGCUGGCUUCGAGACGCUGAAGAAGCUGGAAGCAGGCUCGCCCAAGUCGGACUCGUUGAAACUUGCGCUAGCGUACUAUGCGUACGCGCUCGGACAGCCCGAAGAAUGUGUCCAGUAUAUUCUUCAGGUGCGGGAUUUGGCCGAUUACCAGAGUCGAAUGGACCCGGCCUCAUCUGUCAGGACGACGUCGACGCUUCAGGUGCCGCCUUCGGUGACUGCGACCACGACCAGCUCCACGGCCUCGUUCACCGGCAGCUUCGUCACCUCGGACUCGACGACUACGAUUGCGGACAUCAACGAUGGAAAGGCAUGGGCCAUGACCGAGCUUUUCCGCUCCGUCUGUCUGCAAGGAAUGUCCUACGAGAAAACGGGCUCCUCGCCACAAACGAUCCUCCAAACCUACCUUCCCGCCACCCAACUCCUCCCCGCCCUCGAAGCCGACAUCUCUCGCGUAUCCCCCUCCAACCCAUCCAACCCCGCCUCAGGCCACGGCCAUGGCCGCCUCGACGUGCCCUCCUUCACGCGCUACCGCGAGCUCUGGCGCUGGGUCGAACGACUCCUCUGGCGCGCCAUCAUCAUCGCCUCACACUCCUGUCCCCUCGGUUCCCCCGACGAACAGAUCCUCUUCCAAUUAUUCACGCAAUAUCAGAGCUGUAGUGCCCGAUGGCCACCGUCGUUUCGUUCUGAGCAUCGUUCGACCGUGUCGACGUUACAUCUUCGCGCUCUCAUCAUCCGCAGCCGUUUACCGGGCUCUGCACCGUUAUCUUCUUCCUCCGCCGCAUCCGUCAGGACGACGAGCUCGCAGGAGACGGUUGCGUGGUUGCCUAUCGCACGUCGGGUGGUGAGGGAUUAUAGGGACGUCUUGACUGCGUGUACGCAGUUCCCAAAGGCGGGGACGCGGAACGUGAAGGUAGAGGAGUUUGUCGAUCUUUGUGUGGCGGUUUGGGAAGCUAGUGGCGCCGCGGGGGAACAUGCAGGUUGGGUCAUCGACGUCCUAUGGUGGGCCACACGCCUCACAUUCAACUCCUAUCGCAUAUUCCGACACAUGUCCCGUCUCUUUGCUGCCGCGGGCGACCCUGAACUCGCGAAACGGACGCUGAGGCUAUACGCCACCGUCGUCGAAAAAGCGCGCGAAGCAGGAGAACAAUCGGUCGCAGACGCUGACACAGAUGAGAACUGGGUGAUGACGCUCGUGGACGGGUCGAGGAUGCUGUGUAGGCUUGCGUUGGCGGAGGAGUCGGGGCGGGAUGUGAGGGGGAUCGAGGAUGUGAGGGAGGCGGGGAAGAUGAUUAGUAAGGCGAAGGGGAGGUUAAGGGAGGGUGACGGUGACGGUGAGAGGGAGAGGGAGUUGAGGGGGAGCGUGAUGUUGGCGGAGGGCGUCUGGGAGACUGUUAUGGCGAUCAAAGAGCAGGAUCACCUCACUCGACCCGAACGCCUCACAAACGCACUCACCCUCUUCGAAUCCUCAAUUUCCACUCAUCCCACAGCACAGGGCUAUUACCACCUCGCCCUCGCGCUUUCACAAGCCAUACCCAACCGCGACCUCGACCGGGCCAUCGAAUGCGCGCGUGCGGCCGUCGAGGCGGAACCGACGGAGAUGCGGUACUGGCAUUUAUUGGGUCUGUUGUUGGUCAUGGCGGAGGAUUGGAGGGGGGCGAAUACGGUGUUGGAGGUGGGGGCGCAGAUUGGGGAGGAGGGAGAGGUGUUUGGAGGAGGGGGUGGGGGUGGGGGGGUUGCUGCUGCUGCGGUGAAUGAACAUGUGCUAGGGAACGGGAAUGGGAAUGAGGAGGCAGAUGGGACUACCACUUACACCACGGCCACGGAGUCGAGCACGAUCGAAACGAACGGGGGAGAGACUAGCACUCCCAGUGAAGCGGAAUCCACCGCCACCGCCACUCCAACCUCACAUCUUCCAACGAAUCAACCAACUCGACCUCCCGAACCCACAGCCACGUCCAUACCCCUUCUAGACCCCAAAGCAACUGAUAUACCCCGCGCGAGCUCGCUACUAGCUCCCCUGAAAGGCCAUCCGACACCUUCGAGGAUGGAGCGGUUCGAGCAGGCGGUGCAGUUAAGGAUGACGGAGUUGGCGCUGGCGGAGCUGAGAGAGGGAGCGGAGGGCGCGGGGGAGAAGUGGGUGGAGGUGUUUGGGUGGUUUGCGGAGAGGAAGGGGAUGGUGAGGGAGCAUCAGCAGAGCCAGCGAACCUCGAUCGAUACGACGAGGCGGUCUGUGGAUAUUAAUAUUAAGAUCCAGACCGAGGGGUCGGAACAUCAUCAGCAUGAUACGGCGCACCAGACAAGCGAUACGUAUCCUGGACCCGCGCUUACCAUCACCGUCGCCUCACCAGGACAAGCGGACGGUCAAAUCGUAGCGGUCGAUGGCUCUGAGCGACCUUCGAUAGGGACGGACAGGCCGUCACUGGAUGGAAGUGUAGGUUCGAAGGACACGACGAAGGAGAAGGGCAACGCGGGGAAGAAGAUGCAGAAGAUGUUGAAGAAUGGGGUGCAUCAGAGUCAUAGGCGGAUUACGACGAUUAGCAAGAGGAUCGGACAUGGGGUGCAGAAGGGCGGGAAUUUGAGGAGGCCGAAUUCGACGCCCAACUUCCAGUCGUUGCUCAGCCAACAGUAUCAAGCCUCUUCAAUCCACUCACGUCGGCAGUUCAGUCCGUUCGCGUCCACGCAGGACGUCACUAGGCCAGAAUCUCCUCCGCCACCGCCACCGCCACAAUCUGUGCCUCCGCGCGAUCGCGGAGAACGUUCGAAGAGAGAGCGAAGGAUGUUGAGCGAUUUGUGGUUGAUGAGUGCCGCGACGUUUCGGAGAUCGGGGAAGAUUGAACAGGCGAGGGGUGCGAUCCAGGAAGCUGAAGUUCGAGACGACGAAAAUCCUGGAGUAUGGGUCCAGCUCGGCCUAUACCACAUGGCCCUCAACCACCCACAACGCGCCAUUCAAGCCUUCCAAAAAGCCCUCUUCAUCUCACCCGACCACAUCCCCGCCACGAUCCAUCUCUGUCAAGUCUACCUCGGGCUCUACACCCCCUCGGGUUUCGAGCCCAACACCACCCACCCUGCCCCGAAACGCGACAACAUCGACCUCGCGGCGGGGCUGCUUUCGGACCUGACGAAGGGAGUGGGCUGGGACUGUGCGGAGGCGUGGUACUUUUUGGGGAGGGCGAAUGGGCUGAGGGGGAUGAGGGAGAGGGAGAGGGAGUGUUUGAGUUAUGCGUUGGGGUUGGCUGAGGGGAGGCCGUUGAGGGAUUUGGGUGUUGCGGUGGGGUGGUGUUUGUGAUGAGGGUGUCGGUGAUGGGAUGGACAGUCUGCUCAACUUACAGCAACAAAUUAUUGAGAUACCCUUAUACAGCAUCGCCUCAUGUCGCGUUGAUUACUGAACGAUCAAUAUUUUAAUGUUCGUAAAGAC